UGUAUGGGAAUUAAGUUACCACUUGAAGUUUAUUUAUCCAAAUAGUAACAUCAUCUACCAAGAAGAAAAAUGGUUUCCUUUGAAGAAGCUUGUGAAUUGGCCAAAAACUUCGGCAAGAAGCCCUCUGACUCCGAAUUCUUGGAAUUCUAUGGUCUCUUCAAGCAGGCCACCGUGGGUGAUGUUAACACCGAUAAGCCCGGUGCUUUGGAUUUGAAAAAGAAAGCUAUGUGGGAAGCCUGGAACUCCCACAAGGGUCUCUCCAAGGAUGCUGCCAAGGAGGCCUACAUCAAGGUCUACGAGAAGUAUGCUCCCAAAUAUGCUUAAAUCAAAUAUUCUGAGAGUUGGUCUUUAAGAAGAAAUAAAAAAAAUAUUAAAAAAAAAAUAAAUAAAUACUGGU